AUGUACGAAGACAAUCAACACUUCCGGACAUUAUCUCAACAAUUGGAUCAAUUGAAUGACAAGAAUAUCACUUCAGAUGUCAAUCACGUGAAGUGUGAAUCCGAUUUUCCACUCAAGAGUGGAUCAAAUGGCAGACAAUUGAGAAGAAAAUGUAAAACACGAAAAGUAAUUCAAGAAUUGAAUGAAUUAAACGAAGACUCGGAUGAGAGUUAUGCCGAAGACAUGAGUGAAGAAUCAGAUGAUAGUUAUGUCAAAACGAAGAGAAGGAAAAGCAAUGAAAGACAAGAAGUGGUGACAAAACCGGAUUCAGAGGAAGCGAUGACUCGAUUAUUACGACAAAACCCGUCGAAAAUGAAGAAAUGUUUUGAUGUGAAGACAAAGAGAUGGAUUUGUCCUAUCAAUGAGUGCCACAAGAGUUACCCUAAAAGAAAGACACUUUCGUGGCAUUUGAAAGCAUACCAUUCCGACCGACGAUUUAUCUGCGAAUCCAUUGGUUGUGGCAAAGAGUUUAAGUCUAAGUUUCUCCUCAAAAGUCAUUCAGUGGUUCACACGAGUGAUAAGCCGUUUAAAUGCGAUUACAAUGACUGCCAGUUCUUCGCCAAAAAUAGAAAUCGGUUGUUAUCUCAUAUGAAGACACACACGACAGACAACACAUCAUUUGAAUGCUCAGUCAAUGACUGUCUGAAGACAUUCAAGAGUCGCUGUGGUCUUAGACAUCACUGGCAGACAGUUCACAGCCCAACGCCCGCGCAGUUUAAGUGCACUAUCGAUGGCUGUAGUGAAGUGUUUGCGAGUUAUAGGCGUCGGCGGACACACGAGACCAAAGUUCACGGCCAAAAACCGUUGCCUAAACAGAAUCAUCCGAUACAACGCUGUGAUUGGCCGGGAUGUGAGUGGGCGGGCACUCAACUGACCCGACAUAAGUGGUUACAUACGGGUGAGAAGCGGUUCCCGUGUUUAUGGCCAGAGUGUGGCAAACGGUUCACACGUAAGUCCUUUCUGGUAGAGCACGAGUACAUCCAUAACAAUCUUAAGCCGUAUGUCUGUCAUUGGCCCGGAUGUGGCUAUAGUUACGCCAGUAAUGCCAAUCUUCACAGUCAUAUCAAACGCUUUCAUACGAAGACAUUAAAUGCUUAA